AGCCCCGCCCACGGAGCCCGGAAGCCUCCGGUUUGCAGACCCUCGCCGCGCAGGCGCAGUGGGGGGCCGGCGACUCCGGCCCCAGGGUGUCUCUAGCAGGUGGCUGGGGAGGUGCGUUUGUCUUCCUCCGGUGCUGACGGGCCGCGGCGGCGGACCCGGGACUCUGGCGGCAGCACGGAGGCUCAGGCUGUGUCCGAGGGCUCGGGGCCCGGCGCCGCUUGUCCCGGGACGGCCCCUCCGGUGACAGUGCUAGUGAUGCGGCAGGACGAGGCCGCCGCGGACGGCGCGCUAAGGCCCGGCCCGGCGGGGAGCGAGGCGGCGGCGGCGGCGGACCCCGAGGACGAGGCAGGGGAUGACGACGCCGACCUGCUGGACACAUCGGACCCGGCGGGCGGCGGCGAGAGUGCGGCCAGCCCCGAGGAGCUGGAGGACGAGGGUGCCGAGGGCGGCGGCGCGGCGCGCAGGCGGGGCUCCAAGACCUGCACCUACGAGGGCUGCCGCGAGACCACCAGCCAGGUGGCCAAGCAGCGCAAGCCCUGGAUGUGCAAGAAGCACCGCAACAAGAUGUACAAGGACAAGUACAAGAAGAAGAAGAGCGACCAGGCCCAGGGCUCCGGCGGCGCCUCGGCGGCCAGCUCAGGCAACGUCAAGCUGGAGGAAAGUACAGACAGCAUACUCUCCAUUGUCAAACAAAGGACGGGAUCUUUUGGGGACCGCCCUGCAAGGCCUACUCUUCUAGAACAAGUGUUAAAUCAGAAGAGACUGUCAUUACUAAGAAGUCCAGAAGUUGUCCAGUUUUUACAGAAACAGCAGCAGCUAUUAAAUCAACAAGUUUUGGAGCAAAGACAGCAGCAGUCUCCAGGAGCACCAGUGUGAGUGAGGGGCUCGGGAACUGUGUGUGACUUAUCUUACUGUAAUGGAUGAGCGGACUUUUAUACCAAAGGUGAUGCCCUGAUAGUCAGGAUUCCAUUGGUGGACUCCCGGCACUGGGAGACGGAGCCAACCUGAGCUGAAGUCAGCCUGGGCUACACAGCAAGCUCCUUUCUCAAAAAAAAAAAAAAAAAUAGAAGCAGAGAAAGGCUGUUAGAAAAAACAUUUUCCUGUAAAUGUGCGUGUGCAUUGGGGGAUAAAUAAGUAUUGCAUUUUUGCAUCUAAUCCUUUCAGAUCACUAUGAGUUUGAAAAAAAAAAAUCACCUUUAUAGUUUUUAAUGUUUUUCUUCAGUUGUUCCAAUUGAAGCUCGUGAGGCAGUUACUUUCUGUGGAAGUCAUGGUUAAUGGUAAUCUCAAUUCAUCUAGCACCAUGACUCAUCAGGAGGCAUGGGAAAGGAGCGGUGUGUUUUGGGUUGUCCUAGCGACAUUAAACAUAGCUAGGCUGGAGUGAGGGGCCAGGAAUACCGAAUGUUCUUCAGUGUCUGUGAUAUUCCCACAGCUAAAUGUUACCUCGCCAUUAAUGCGCCUCAGCUGCCGUGAGAGCCUGAGGGCGGAGCACCAAGGCCAGGUUCUUGUAAUAACCUUUCUUUAUGGUUAAGACAGGAGCUGUGAGAGCUAAGUGUGUUUAUACUGUGGAGGAAGCAGUUGCUGAUCUCUUCUCAUAUAAACUAGAGAAGAACCCAUUAAAGUGGGCACCUCCGCUGCAGAUCAUCUCUACUGAAGUUGUGAACAGUUUAGAUGUACUCAGCCCACCAAGGCCAGGGCAGAACUGUUGUUCUUCUAUUCAUUCUUAAUGCUCUCCAUAAAAGAGAUUCUGAAGAUAGAGGAACACUCCACAUUUCCUCAGUGGUUUUCAAAACUGAACUACUCUAACACUUAGUCCUAACGACUGGUAAAGGAGUCAUGGAUUAUCUGGGUGUUGGUUUUUUGGUUUUGUUUGUAUUUUGUUUUGUACUUUCUCCUAAGAAAACUUGAAAAAGGCAAAAAACAUAAGAUAAAGAAUGAAAUGUCAAGAGUGUAUCCAGGGGUGGGUUAAUAAUGUGUCUCAAGAUGAGCUCUGCAGAAAUGUGUUCGUUGCUGGAUUCCUAAGUUCUGAAGUGGACAUGAUGUUAAACUUAAAGCUAUUCCAAUAAGUACUCAAAGGGCUGGGGAUGCAGCUUGGCCUUCAAGCACUUGCCUAGCAUGUGCAAGGCCGUUGGUUCAAUCCCCCGCAUCACCACCACAAAAACACAGGGGAAAGGAUGUUUUUCUUCAUUCUGUCUUGUGUACUUGUAUAUCUGGAAAAAAAAAAAAACCUUUUGCCAAAAUUAUUCAUUAAAGUGCAGUUGUUGACCUUUGA